GGUCCACGAGAUUCCCUCGUACAAGACCCAAUACACUUUUGCAUCUUCGAUGUAUCAAGGACAAGUGCCAGGUCCUUGCCAUCACAAUUGCAUUUGACAGGUCGAGCUCGAUGAUCAACAAGUUCUUCCUCCGCGGCCUCGGGUUCUUCAACGACGCGUACGAUUUGUCCGUGAUCAACAUCAUCAACGUGAUUCUCGAGCACCAGUACACGACGAGCGUGUACGAUGCCCGCAUGAAGUCGAACGUGUCGGCGGCGGCGCUGAUCGGUGCGGUGCUGGGCCAGCUGGCGUUUGGGGUGUUGGGGGACAUUUACGGCCGCAAGAACUGCAUGGUCGCGACGUGCGCGUUGCUGAUCGUGGGUGGUAUCUUGUGUGCGGCGGCGUACGGCGGCUCUGCCAUCAACACGCUGUGGUUUUUGGUGCUGGCUCGCGGUCUGCUGGGGUUUGGCAUCGGGGGCGAGUACCCACUGGCGGCUGCGUCGUCGUCCGAGGACGCGACGUCGCCCCAAGACCGCAACCGCCGCGUGGCACUGACGUUUUCGCUGCAGGGGGUGGGCUUCACCACUGCGUCGCUGCUGGGGCUGCUCAUGGUGAACGUCCUGCAAGACAACGCGCACGACUUGGAAGUGAUGUGGCGCGUCUUGUUUGGGUUCGGGGUCUUGCCUGCGUUGUUCCUCGUGUACUUUCGCAUCACGGCCGAAGAAACGGACGGGUACAAGAACAUGUUGGCGGGUAACGUGCACGUGGCCAAGGUGCGGUGGUCGUUCAUCUUGAAGCACUAUGGCAAGAGUUUGCUGGGCACGGCCGGCACGUGGUUUCUGUUCGACAUUGUCUUUUACGCGCAAAACCUGUUUAGCGCGAGCAUCUUGUCCGUGGUGGGGGCCCAGAGCGACCUCAAGACCAUCGCGCUGCAAAACUUGCUCAUUGCGCUCGUGGCGUUGCCGGGGUACUACACGGCCGUGUUUUUCAUCAACAAGAUGGGGCGCAAGUUGAUCCAGCUGCAGGGGUUGACAGUUAUGACCAUCAUCUUUUUGGUGCUGGCGAUUUGGUGGGACGACAUCAAGCAGACGGCGUGGUUGUUUGUGAUUCUGUUUGGGUUGACGCUGUUCUUUUCCAACUUUGGGCCCAACAUGUCGACGUUCGUGAUGCCCACGGAGAUGUACCCGACGGCGAUCCGCAGUUCGUGCCACGGGUUCUCUGCGGCGAUGGGCAAGGCCGGCGCGUCCAUUGGUUCGUACGGGUUUUCGCUGUGGGUCAAGGAUCCCAGCUUUGGCUACGACGGCGCGUUCUACACGUUUGCCGGCAUUUCACUCGCCACGAUCGUCUUGACGUGGUUUUGCAUGUUCGACAACAACGAGGGCAGCGAAGUGAUGGACGAAGAGUUCAAGAACAAGCUGCUCGACGAAGACAAGGACACGCGCGACUCGUUCGUGCAAAUGAAGGAUGUCCAAGUCGGCGUCUAAGAACCGUUGUACGGUUGUAUUUAAUUGAACCGUUGUACGGUUGUAUUUAAUUGAAACCCUGGCUGUAUUCUAUCUAGCCCAUCUCUAUCUCAGAAGUUGAGCUUAAUGUUACGUUAACGUUAACCCUAACCAGCCCCUUAAUAAUGGAACACAUUUGAAGGCAC